AUGUUGCUCUUUCCAUUUUGUUUCGGAUUGAUAGCACUGCUCUUUGCCCAGGAGAGCCCAGAAGAAAAGGAGACCAUUUCUGCCAAGAAGGCUUAUCCUGCCGCUUUGGUGUUUGAAAAUGUCGCGUCGCUGACCGAUAGGACAGUUGAGUUGCCAUGUCGCUGCAAAACGGAAGAGGCCUAUUCAGUUGUUUGGCACUACCAGAGACAUCUUGCCAGCAAGGACAGUAUAGUUAUCACGGACUUUGAAGGAUUAUCAGUGAUAGACAUGGCUAAGGUAGGCCAAAAAACGGACCUUCAGAACCGUCUGUCAAUCCGCCUCUUCAGUCUAAUCAUCUUUAGAGGCCAGGAAACAGACUCUGGAUACUACAUCUGCAGCGCGAAAUCGAAACGGUUUUUCUAUGCCUACUAUCUAGAUAUUCAGAAGAUUCAGCAGGUGUCUUUGUCCCCCAGAUCUGACAUCUCUUCUCAGAAUCCUUCAAUAACCAGUGGAUCUGAACAAUCUCCACACUACAUCGUGUUUAACAGAUACCGGCGAUGGUCAGUGUGCGAUCGCUGCGGUGUACCCGGCGAACUAACUCGAGUGGGUCUGUGUUAUUUGCGGAGCGACUACCUGAACGUACGCUACAAGACUUACAAACGUGGAAUCGCCUCGUGCGGAUCCCCUGCGGUGCCUCGUAGAUUCCAGCUGGAUGGUUCUCUGACAGGGGCGAAGCUGGAAGUGAGGGAGUGCCAGGUGCCCUGUCCACCAGCACCCAGGGUACCACCAAAAGAGAAGGCCAUCCUGGAGUUCCUCGGCGAUUCCACCAAAGGAGCCGGGCUCCCUGUGUAUUAUCAAAACCAUCCAGUGAAUGGCAAAGUCAUCCUGACCUGUCCUGGAGCAAACUCCAGGGAUGCCGUAGCGUGGGACCAAGGGGAGAGGAAGAUGCUCCGCAGACACUUUAUGGAAGGGGUCAGGAAGACAAUGCGGGUCUACAUCGAUGGGGGAGGCCGUCUCCAUUUGGACCCUGUGCUCUUGAAUGACAAGGGCUCAUACUACUGCUGGCUGCAGGGGAAACUGGCAGCAGACAUCAGGCUUAACGUUUACCACCCUUUGGGCUACCAGUUCCAGCCCUCUGACCCCAGAACAGUUGAUUUCUUACGAGCCACUCUCAUGACCUAUGCAGGAUUCAGUUCAGUCUUCGUCCUGUUUUUAGUAGGCAGGUGUUCUUAUAGGUAUUUUAGAAUGUUCCGCUGCACCAAAAAUGUAAAAGAUGAAGCCUAA